GUGGCAUUCGCGAGGGUGUCCUUCAUGAUCCAUACUCUCUCGAUUCAGGUAGCUUUACAUGGACAGGGAUAAAUUGCCCUCGAACAAAGCGUGUGAUGCUUGUCGACGCAAGAAAGUGCGAUGUGAAGGAGGGGACCUUGAUCAUAAAUGCUGGAAUUGUGUUGUGCAAGGCAUCAAUUGCACGCGCGAUAUCAUACCGCGGAGGAAAGGUCCUAAACCUGGGGCUGUCAGCCAAGUGCAGCAGCUCCGCGGCCGGUGUGACGAGCUAGAGGAACGCCUGCGCCAAAUGCAGAAAACCCUGGACGAGGCUGCGACGAACACGAGGUCGAUAUCCUCUGCCUCAUCCAGUUUCCCUUCGCCGGACCCAGGCGCUUGUGGGAACGUCGCGUCCAUCCAGUCUGGCCCGUCCAGAUCAGCCACAGGGAUGGGGGAUGAAUCAGACUCUGAUGAAGAGAGUCACCGAGCAACAGGUCCUCUCACAGAGUCCAUGAAGUCCUUGACGCUAGGGAGCGAUAGAAUUCCUCAAGAAUUUCAUGGAGAAUCAAGUAUCUCAUCUGUAAUCAAUUUCGCGGCCAAUGCCAAUCCUAUUUCCGAAGAGAAUCCAUCGCAUUCACAGCCCGGCAGCCGCGAUGAUUCUUGGACAUGUACCGAACGUGACGACGACCAAUCGCCCGCCUACAUAUUCCCUGAUCCACCACUGCUGUACACUUUGGUGGAUCUCUACUUCACACAGGCCCACCCAUGGUUCAAUCUCCUCCACCCCCCAACGGUUUAUCACUGCCUUGGUGAAGGCCUCCAUUACCACGACCGUGGCUUUGGCGGUGUUGUGCUUCUAAUCUGUGCCACGGGUGCCCUUUGCACUGACGAUCCAGCAGUCUUAGACGACGACGAAAUAUUCAUGCACCAUGCGCCAGACUCAUCCUGGCGGUCUGCAGGCUGGAAAUGGGCUCGUCAGGUGGAUCCCAUGCGCAACGCAUUAUCACAGACCCCAUCCGUGUACGAUUUGCAGAUAAUUGUGCUUGAACUAGCAAUUAUACACGCAUAUCCUCCACCAUGUGACAUGUGGUCGCUGGCUGGACUGGGUGUACGGCGCGCUCAGGCUGUAGGUGCCCAUAGACGUAGAGCCUACGGUGGAAAGCUGACCGUUGAGGGUGAACUGUGGAAACGGGCGUUCUGGACCCUUUUGGCCAUAGACCGAUCUUUAUGCGCCUCCCUUGGCCGACCUUGUUCGAUUCAGGAAGAAGACUUCGAUGUCGAUCUGCCUGCGGAGUGUGAUGACGAAUAUUGGACUCAUCCAAAUCUUGAGUGCUGCUUUGUCCAGCCGCCAGGAAAGCCAUCGAUGAUGUCGUGGGAGAUAGUGAUGCUCAAACUUCGGGAAAUCAUUGCCACAGCCUCGCGGACAAUCUACUCUACUAAGAAAUCUAGGAUUCUCUCUGGUCUCGUUGGCGCCGACUGGGAGCGACGAAUCAUGGCCGAACUGGACUCGUCUCUGAAUCAUUGGCAGGACGCCCUACCAUCGCAUCUGAGAUGGGACCCUAACCGGUUCGAGGCUGAAGACCUCUUUUCUGUCCAAUCAGCCACUUUGGCUUGUUCAUAUCAUCACGCCCAGAUAUUCAUCCACCGCCGUUUCAUGGCGCACGUCAACGGGCGUACGGCGACCCCUUUUUCAGAGGCAUCUCGAGUGAUUUGCGUGAACUCUGCUAGAAUGUGUGGACGUGUUAUAGACGCUCUGCGCCUUCAGACACGCUUUCGCGGAUUCAUAUUAUCUCUUCUCAUGAUCCCGGCCUUCGAGAGUGUCGUCAUGUUAUAUUUCAACAUAUAUCGUACCCGGUCCGAGCCUCAUUCCCCUUUGUCGGAAGUGCAUCUUCGUGACCUGGACCUCGCAGCAAAGUGCAUAGCUUUGUUGGAGGAGCAUGGGAAGAGGUUUCUAUCAGCAUGUAGACUAAGAGAUGUGUUGGCUCGGAUAGCCUCCUCAUGCGGACUUCCCCCGCCAUUCUCGGCUCCUUCCUCAGGUUCCAGACAGGACUCUGCGUUUACAUCCCAGCCUAGCACGGCUAUGCAAGAUCCAGCUGCGCGAGAGCUUCUGUCGGACGAUUUCUCCAGGUGGACAGACAGUCUCGAAACAAUGCAAUAUCCCGACCUCUUUGGCUCGAGCGUUGUCUCUGACCCCAUGCAUUCAACCUUCCUCCCCAUUCCCUUUGAUUUGAAUCACGCCGAUGGCGCAGGCUAUGCUCAGUUUGGUGGUUUUUUGCCGCACUCUUGAUUGGACGUUCGCUUUGCACUUGAUCUUUACCUCUUUUUUCGGACAUUAUAUUUUCGAUACCACUUCGGCUGUCUUACUGAGAUUUUCCGGCCAUUUUGGCCGCGGAAGGAAUGAUAUUCU